CGCGGGCGGGCGGCGCGGGCGGGAGCCCCCGGCGGCGGCAUGAGGCUCAGCCCGGCGCACUACCUGCUGCCGCUGCUGCCGGCGCUGGUGCUCGGCGCCAGACAGGACUAUGAAGAGCUAGAAAAGCAGCUGAAAGAAGUGUUUAAGGAGCGAAGCAACAUCCUCCAUCAGCUGACAAAGACAUCAAGAGAACUUGAUGGGAUUAAAGUCAACCUUCAGUCUUUGAAAAAUGAUGAGAGAUCUUCCAAAUCUGAUGUUGAGAAGCUUCUGGAAAUAGGUCAAAGACAAAGAGAACAAAUGAAGUCUCUCCAGGAGGUCCUGCAAAAUCAACUUAAAGAGACAUCUGAGAGAGCAGAAAAACAACAAGCUACCAUUAAUUUUCUAAAGACUGACAUGGAAAGAAAGAGCAAAAUGAUCCGAGAUCUCCAGAAUGAGAAUAAAAGUCUGAAGAACAAACUCUUGUCAGGAAGCAAGCUGUGUGGCAUCCAUGCAGAAGAGUCAAAAAAAAUCCAAGCCCAGCUGAAGGAGCUUCGUUACGGGAAGAAAGAUUUAUUAUUUAAGGCCCAACAACUUACUGAAUUGGAACGAAAAUUAGCUGUGGCCAAAAAUGAGCUGGAGAAAGCAGCUCUUGACCGGGACUCACAGCUGAAAGCAAUGAAAGAGACUGUCCAUCUCUGCCUGUCAACUGUGUUCCGUAAUCAGCCUCCCCCUUUGAGUCUGACCAGGUCAAAUCCAACUCAGAUGCCAGUUCCACCCUGGGUCAGUUGGCCCUCUGAUUUCCCUCCGCAAACCUUUCCUGGAAGGAAUGAGAGCUUUCAAAUUGAGACAACAAGGGAAGAAAAUCCGAGCACCACCGAGUGCAAUUCUCAAAAGCUUUUACAAGAGGGCAGGACCUGCUUAAUGAAGCCGAAAGACAAUCAAUCAAGCAGUGUCACUAUAGAGCCAGCGACUACCCCAAAGAAAUUGCAAAUGCCUCCUUGUACUGAAUGUGAGGUGAAGAAGACUCCAGAAAAACAAUUGACCAGCUUUGAUGGGAGGGCGACUAGAGAAGAAAAAAUACUGUAAAUAUCAAGAAACUGUGUUAAAAGCAUUCAUUUACGAUUGUCUUCAUACUCUUUUUCAGCCACAGGCUUGAUGGAAAUACUAAGUUUUUAAAGCAUGCAACUUUUUCACAAUUUUCUGUACUUUAUAUAAAGUAGUCUACAAAUUUUCCAAAAGAUUCCAGGCCAAUUAUGAUCCUUAAGCAAUAACCUAAUUAAAAUGGAUAUCCACCGUCAUAAAUAGUCAUUGUCAUCAGUAAAUUGCCCAGUAUAAAUUGGUCAGUUUUAACUCAAAUGCACUGAAUGACAUUUAAUUCUUCUGGUUCAUUGGGUAUCUAGUACUUAUAUGAUCUAGUUCUGAAAUCAACUGGAGGAUGGUAAAAUGUUGUGGAUCCUUGGCAUUCUUAGAAUCCAAAUUGCAGCCAUAUCACCAAGAUUUUGGUCUGCAUUGGCCAAUGGGAGUCACUUUAAGUUUGGAAUCUGCGUCAACCCGAAUAUGCUGUUUCCUUGAGGGUGUUUAUUGCUGUUCUUCCUAAUAUUUUGAACCAUGUCUAAAUAAUGUCAAGGCAAUUCUGUGAGAUUUUUAGCCAGUUAACAGAAUUCACUAAACAUGUUUGACAUGAUAUAGACAAAUUAUCUGGAUGAAUGACUAAAUUUCUGACACAAUUGACAAGAUUUUUUUUUGGCAUUCUAUAGACACAUCUGUAUAGUUGUCUGCUGGAAUUACUCCACGUUAGGAAUUGAGAUCCUUAAAAUGCUUGGCAAGAUUUUUUUUUGAGUGAAAUUGGGUAGUGGAAUGUGGGAUGACAAGGGGGUUACAAAACACAAAUAUGCAAGCAGAUAAUACACAUUUUAAAAUAAGGAUUUAAUGAAUGCAAAAAUAGCCAUGUAGAACCAAUAAAACCCAGAUUUGUAUAUUUUGAAAACAACAAGUCAACAGCCAUGAUCAUCUUUGAAAUUGGGUCUCUACAUACCACUAAUCAAAUACAUGCACUCCUGAAUAAUCUGAAUGUAGCUCACAGGCAACAGGAAUUGAUAUCCGAAUAGUUAUCUGAUUGAUAGAACUGGUAUAGCAUCAAACUUAAAGACUCAAAUUAAUGGGUUAAAUGAUCCAGUCAGGUUGUCUGCACUCUUCUGCUGGCUAGAUCCGUUUUGCAAAUGCACAAAACAUAUAAAAUGAUUGAUUUUACAGAAUGGCUCUGCCAAGCUACAAUUAAUAUAUUUGGAGCACAGUAUCCUGGCGGGUCGUCUUAGAAUAUAUUGUUAAUUUAAGAAAGAAAGGUAGAGAGGGAGGGAGGAAAGGAAAAAAAAAGGAAGAAGGAAGGAAGGAAGGAAGGAAGGAAGGAAGGAAGGAAGGAAGGAAGGAAGGAAGGAAGGAAGGAAGGAAAUCUGUAAUCAAUAGGUGAACUUAAAUUCUGAUCUAUAAUGGCAUGCCUGUGAUCACAAUGACAUAUUCCAAGAAAUUUAGUGAUUUGGAGAAAUGGCAAACUAUCAUAAAUAGUGUAAGUAUUAUUGAUAUAAUCAUGUAGCAGUUAUACUUGUGGAGUAAUUCAUGCCAUUUAUCAGUAUUUUUUUUUAGAUUGCAAGCUACCCAAGAAAAAAAAGAGAAUUUAUUUUCUAGAUGAUCCUUUGAGUUUUCCAAUGAAGUGCCCAGGAUAGAACAAAAAACUGAAGGUCCAAAUUUCCUCCCGAUUCCUCAGCUCUAAUACUCAUUUGAUUCUAUUAGAUGGAAUAUUGCUAGCUUCCAAGUUUGAUGGCUUAUCAUUUCCCCACUGUACCCAGAAAGCCCAACCACCUCCAAUGAUUAUGAAAGGAAAGCUGCUAAUUUACUUUCACUUUAGGUUCACUUUCCCACACACACCGUGUGCUCCAACUUCCCUCCUAGACUCUAUGGACCCUAUGGAACGUUAAUCACUAUUUUUACCUUAUAUGUUUUGAGGCACCUUCGGAACGAAUGAAAAGAGAAUUGAGCUGAUAUUUUCUGAAAAUUUUUAUAAGAUGUUGAAGGAUGUGAUCAAAUUUGGACAGUUUCAUUUGUAAAUUAUUCUUCCUGUGCCCUAAAUCUCUAGUAUGUGACAAUAAUCAACGUGUUUCUCUUAAUUACUGGCAUGAUCAAGUGGGCUUUACAUGAGUGUAAUGUAUAGAUUUUCAUUUAACAAUAGAUAGCAUUAUGCAUCCUGCAGUUUACUGUGGUAUAAUAAUUGCAUUAUUUGUUUCAAAAAAAAAAAAAGAAUUGUAGCAGAGGUGCUUUAUAGAUAUUUUUAAGAAAUGUUACGGAAGCUCCUUUUAAUAGUCAAGCACAUAAUUUCUUUUUUCUUAGUGUGUUAUGUGACUUUAGUGAAUGUGUUUUUUUCUCGAUCCUUUAAUUGCUUUAAAAUAGAAUCCAAAAGGUUUAAAAUGUUUUACUUACAUGUGCAAGAUUUGUCCAUAAAAGAGAUGCUGUCUCUCAGUAUUUCUUUUAAUUAACAGCUCCAUAAAUUGAUGUUGUUUUUGAGAAGUUAACAUUCAUAGCCUAGCUACCCUCACAUGGAAGAAAAUAUUAACCUAAAUCUUAAAUUGGGGUAGUAUAAUUCUACUACGUGCCCGUAAUGGUAAGCAGUAAAAGAUUACUUAAGAUUUGAAGAAUAUAAAUUGACUCCUAUUGAGAAACAAACAUACUUUGCAAUGGAAUAAACUUGUUUUAAUAUAAGUACUAAUGAAACUAACAAAAACAUAUUUCUCUAGUUAUUUAAAAAUACUAAUCGAUGCUAUAUAUCCAUUCUAAGUUAGGAAUUUGUUUUGGGCUUUUUUUUCCUUUUAUAUGCAUUAACUAUGUAAAUUGGAUGAGGGCCUAAAACUCACAAGACCCAACUGAAUGCUGACUGUCUGUUCAAUCUCAACGUGCUCAGAAGAAAAGGGACUGAUUCGGUAAUUCACCUGGUUGUGGUUUUCUGUGUGAUCUUAAAUCUCUGAAUACUGAAUAUACUAGAUGGCUAACUCUUUUCUUUUUUAAUUCUUCAAGCAGAUAUUUAGCAUUCUAAUGCUUCUUCAGACACAGUUCUGUUUCAUAAAACAUACUGGAUUACAAACCGAAGGCAGUUACAUGAGAAGCAGAUAUUUACCGUUUUAGAUUACAAUGUGGAUAGUUGGAUUAAAACACUAUUUGUGAACUUUGCUCUAAUGGAAUCUUAUAUUUAUAGCUCAGGUACUGUAAGUAGCACUAAUUACAGCAGAGGCUGAAAUUAUUACUGAUGCCAUAGAGUAAGGUGAGCCGGCCCAACCUAGGGAAUUCUGAAAACAUAGCCUUGUUUACUUAGGGGUCAUUUUCUUAGUCAUGUGUACAAGUCUUAAUUUUCCCCAAACCAUUUGUUGGAUCAUGUUACAUAAUAUUAAUGGUCAAUGAUGAAGAAUAAAAUUUACUGAAAGAUGGCCUAUUUUUCCUCAAUAAAGAUUUGUUACCAA